CGCGACUGCCCAACACUGCCACUGGGUAUAUGCAUCAAGUGUUACGGAUACUGCAAAUUUUCAUUAUAUGUUGUUCUUUCUUAGUUAGUGAGGUAUUAGAACCAAUCAAAGUUAAAAUGUGCAGAAUGUACAAAAGUUUGUUUAAUGAACAGGACCUCUGCAGCGUAUGAUAUUUUUGUUAUUGUUGUUACUUUGAAGGAGGAUAUGAAUUUUAACCAAAUUUCAUAUUGCUUCAAAGAGUGAUUGUUUAUAUGUACAUAAACUAAGUUAUUGAUGACAUUGCAAACUAAAUAUUUUAACUAUUUUUUAUGCAAAUAACAGUAAAAUCAACGAUGUAAAAUGAUAAAUUCUUUAAAACGCGAAGUAAACAUUUUUGUAUAAACUAGAAUUGAAGUACUACAUAUCAAAGCAACUUGUAUUGGAAAAUCACACUGCUGUUAUUAAAAUAUAAUUUAAAAUGGAAAUUAUCGAACUUGUUUCGGAUGACGAGACAUCCGAGGAUAAAGUAAAAAAGAAUAGCGGUUCGAAAAUUUACAAAAGUAACUGCAUAAACUUCCAAUGUUGUUCUGGAGUGGAUAUGAAAUCUGCACCUUCGUUUGCAUGUGCUUUUUAUGGUGUAAAUACAGAAAAAAAGAAAAUACGCAAAAUUUGUAAAAAAUGUUUUGAAGCUGCACUAGAUCACCAAAAGCAAUUAGUGUCAGCUCUUGUGGAUCACAAACCAUUAUUAGAAUGUGAGUUUCCAGAUCAUACAAUGGAAGUAGAAAUUUCUGAUAGCGAUGAUUCAGAUGAUGAGAAAAAAAAAGAGAUAUGUACAGAUGAAAAGUAUUUACCUGAAGAGAUGCUUCUAGAUAUGGAAGAAAUGCUGGAUAGCACAUUAAAAAAUAUUUUUACAAAGUACAAUGUUGAUUAUCAAGUUAAACAAGCACAUAAUAAGUUAAAAAACCAAUGGGAUAAAAUAAAUGAGGAAAAUGAAGUUUUGUUUAAGACGGUUAAAGAUUUAAUGAGUACUAUGGAUAUAUUGCGUAACAGCUUGUAUGAUGAAUUUAGGCCACAAAUUAAAAUGUUGGAAGAACUUCAAAUAGAUGAUGAUUAUGUAGAUAAUAACAUUUAUCCAUUGGUAGCAACAAAAAAAGUUACACAAAUUCGACUUCCUUCUGCUACAUUACUGCAGGAUAGUCAGCCUGAAAUUUUACCAAUAGAACAAGAAAGCACACACGUUGUGGAUGUGGAUUUACCUCCAAUAGGUGUACUUAUGAAACCACAAAUAGAAGUAGAUAACAUUGUGUUCAUUAUGAAGCAUCCACUUAUGCCAUGGGUCAAAGGAAAAGUACAAACUAUAAUUUCGAAAGGUUCUACUUCUCAGUAUCGUGUAAAAUUGUUACAAAAAAAGUAUAACUCUGUUAUUAAGUCUGUUUCUGGCAAACAAAUUGCUGCUGCUGUAGUUAGUUCAGUAAUAAUUCCAGUUGGUGCACGAGUAGUAGCAAUAUUUCAAGAUGUUUCAUCUAGCAAUUUUUAUAGCGGAGUUAUAGCUGAACCACCGAAAGCUAUAAAUAAAUAUAGGUACCUGGUAUUUUUUGAUGAUGGAUAUGCUCAGUAUGUCGAACAUAGACACAUUUAUUUAGUUGCAGAUUUUUCUCCCAAAGUUUGGGAAGAUAUACCCAAUGAAUCUCGAGACUUUGUAAAGAAAUACAUUCAGACAUAUCCUGAAAGGCCAAUGGUUAAAUUACAAAAAGGGCAAGUAGUAAAAACAGAAUGGAACGGUAAAUGGUGGAUUGCAAGGGUGGUACAGGUUGACGCAAGUUUAGUACAAAUGCACUUUGAUGCUGAUGGUAGAACAGAGUGGAUCUAUAGAGGCUCCGCUAGAUUAGGACCUUUAUACCUUGAACUUUUAAAAGCUAAUGCCAGACAACAAGGACACCAUACAUCUGUUAAUACACCAAGUCGGCAUCGACAUCCUGCUGUCUCCAAUAAAAGUAAUUUACCUUAUGUAGAAUAUACAUCUGAUAUGGAACGCGAAGAAGGAAGAAUUUCGCAAGUAGAAAAAGAACAAACGGAAAUAAAUGAAACUGCAAACACGUUCAUCUCGACUGCACCGCAACAAUCGCGUGCUGUUGCUAGAAAAAGUACUAGUAAAAAGCAAAAUGUGGUAGAUGCAAGUACAUAUAAUCCAACUACAGAAACUAAACCUUCCCACAGUAUAGUUUAUUAUCAAACACAGAACAGAAUUCAAACAAAAGAUUUUGUUCCGCACAAAUGUGGUCCACAGUGUGUUGAGGGUAUAUCCUUUACACCUGAUGACUUAAGAGGGUAUUCGCCUCUUUCAAUACCAUUACUUUGUGGGUGGAAUCGACAGCUUUGCAAAUAUCCUAAAGGCAAAAAAAUUACGUUAUAUCAAGCACCGUGUGGUGUUAGACUGCGAAAUAUGGAAGAACUGCAUCAGUACCUUCGUAAAACAGGUAGUCCAAUGUCGGUUGAUUUGUUUGAUUUUGAUUACUGGGUGCACUGUUUGGCGGAGUUUGUAUUGGAUAAAUGUUUUAUUAACAUAAAGGAUCUCAGUUAUGGCGUGGAAAAUGUACCAAUACCAUGUGUCAAUGAAUUAGAUCAUACUCAACCAGAUACUAUUAGAUACAGUACACAAAGAGAACCAACAGAAGGAGUUAAUCUUAAUUUAGAUCCAAAUUUUCUAUGUAGCUGUGAUUGUGAAGAUGAUUGUCAAGACAAAACAAAAUGUCAGUGCUGGCAAUUAACGAUACAAGGUGCAACUCUGGGAGGGAGGGUACCAAAUACAUCUGUCGGUUAUGUGUAUAAACGGUUACCAGAACCAGUAACUACUGGAAUUUAUGAAUGUAAUUCAAGAUGUAAAUGUGCUGUAAAAACCUGUUUAAAUAGAGUAGUACAACAUCCAUUAACAUUAAAAUUACAAGUAUUUAAAACAGCGCCUCGAGGUUGGGGCAUACGCUGUCUAAAUGAUAUUCCCCUUGGAUCUUUUAUUUGUAUAUAUGCUGGUAGAUUACUUACAGAACAGGGAGCCAAUGAAGGUGGUAAGAAUUAUGGAGAUGAAUAUCUUGCAGAGUUGGAUUAUGUUGAGGUAGUAGAAGGAAUUAAAGAAGGCUACGAAAGUGAUGUUCUUGAGUCGGAAUUACCAGUAUCUACUCCAGAAAAGACGAGAGUUCUAACAAGCGAUGAUGAAGAUAAUUCAAGAAAAAGUACUAAUGAUUCGGAUGAAGAUUUUAAUAUUAGUAAAUACGUGAAUUUUAAUGUGGAUUCUACGGAACCUUCUUCUAUUAGAAAAAGACUUCGAAAACGGAAGCGAGACGAAAAUAAUCCGGAUGGGUCAGAAGAAAAUAGUGAAGAUGGAAGUGCUACAAAAGCACCUGAGAAUGUUACGAAAUUUCCCGUUAAUGAAACUCGUUUAAAUGAUCAGGAUGCAAUUACUAUCAGUGAUGAAGAAGAAAAUAGAAGUGGUAGAAGAGAACCAAGUAGAUUUGAUCCAACUGUAGAACCAACACAAAUAGAAAGACCUAAAUUUAAAUCAGUAAGAGAUUUUUUUGGAGAAGAUGAGGCUGUAUAUAUAAUGGAUGCUAAAACAACUGGAAAUAUUGGUCGCUAUUUAAAUCAUUCAUGUGAUCCAAAUGUUUUUGUACAAAAUGUAUUUGUCGAUACGCAUGAUGUAAGAUUCCCAUGGGUAGCAUUUUUCGCUUUAAAUUACAUACGAGCGGGUCAGGAAUUAACCUGGAAUUAUAGUUACGAUGUUGGAAGUAUACCUGGCAAAGUUAUUAUAUGUAAGUGUGGUUCAUCCAAUUGUAGGGGCCGACUUUUGUAAUGUAUUAAAUACUUCCCGUCGAAUUAAUAAAAUUAGAAUUUGUAAAUUUAGUUUUCAAAACUUUAUUUUAUAAUAUCUAAUAAUUUGAUUAAUAAAAUAUUUUGUUAUUAAAAAAUUGCGAGCGGUAUGUAAGACAAAAUCGAGAAAUAAAUUAUUUUAAUUUUUUAUUUUAUUAUUAAUUGAAGUAUAAGCUAGUUUACAAAAUAAAAUGGAUCUAGUGGACUUAGGAAUGUAAUAAACUGUAUCGUAUUUUAUAAAACGUAAUAUUCUUCUUCCCGAAAUACUUUUAUUAUAUUAUUACAAUAUCUUAUGUAGCUACAAAGAACAUAAAAUUUAUGCAGAUCUAUAUGUUAUACCUAUCAAAAUUAACACAGUCUUUGUAUUUUUUAAUAAUUGACAUUGAAUAAAUAAAUUUUGGCGUAUAAAAUUUUUCGAUAAUAUUUUGUAAACUCUAUUAAUAUAUUGCGAUCGACAUGGAAUAAUAAAUAAAAGAUAAAUAUGGGUUUAAUAAAAUACAACCAUAUACAUAACAAUGAUACACUGGCUUAUUAUUUUUGAUUAUUGUACACCUUUAAGACCUCUUAAGACAUGUUAGGUAAUUAGUACCAUAAAGUUUUUUAAUCUCCUUCUAUAAUUUAUACAUGUCUUUCUUGAAACUCACUUAAAUUAUGUGAAUACGUCUUAAAUGAAGCAUUUAAUAUGCUGUAUAUUUAUAGCUCUUUUUCAUAAAAAUAUUAAACUAAAGCAGAAUUAUGGCUUUAGUAGGUAGAUUGUAAAAAAAUUGUAUAAAAGGAAUUUGUAACAUUUAUAAAUUAAUAACAAACAUUUAAAAUACAAUGCUGCUUCUUACAAAUGUAUCAAAAUAUCUUUCGCUAUAUAAUAUUACAUGCUUUAAAAAUAAAUUUGUUUCUGUUAAUUUUUCAAAAUAAUCUGUAUGAUGUACUAUUUUAAAGCUGAAAUUAUAUAUAUUUUAAAU